AUGGCCUCCGCAGUCCAGACACAGAGUUUUCCUGCUGCAGAAGUACGCAGGCUCGCCGUGGAUAUUCUUCAAGGCAAUGGCUUGUCACCGCGUGACGCAGGAAUAGUCGCCAGCUGCCUGGUAGCAGCCGACCUGAGAGGCAUAGAUACCCACGGAUGCAAUCGACUCCCUUCUUACAUGGAACGCAUCCGUCAGGGAGUGCUUGAUCCCAAAGCAAAACCCACCCUUCAUAAUGCCACUCCCGUUGUCGCUCAAGUUGAUGGCCACAAUGGAUUCGGCUUCCUGGCAGGAUCCCUCGCAAUGGAUAAGGCGGUGGAAAUGGCCAGGGUUUACGGGAUCGGUAUGGUGUCGGUCAAACACUCGAAUCACUUUGGAAUGUCCGCGUGGCUGGUGCAAAAGGCCAUUGAUGCAGACAUGAUGUCACUCGUCUUCACAAAUUCAUCGCCCGCCUUGCCAGUCUGGGGUGGUAAAUCAAAGCUCCUGGGUGUUUCACCGCUCGCAUGUGGUGCACCCGCCGGAGAUUCAAAGCCCUUCAUUCUGGACAUGGCCCCCAGUAUCGCAGCUCGUGGGAAAAUAUAUAAAGCCAAGAGGAGAGGCGAGAAGAUCCCCUUGGAUUGGGCAUUGGAUGCCGAUGGGAACCCAACUGAUGAUCCUGAAAGGGCCCUAGGAGGCGUGAUGCUUCCAAUGGGGGGCCCCAAGGGAUCUGCAUUAUCGAUCAUGAUGGACGUCUUUUCAGGAGUCCUUUCUGGCUCUGCGUUCGCGGGACAUGUCACAAACCCUUAUGACCCUUCGAAGCCUGCAGAUGUCGGCCAUUUUAUAAUCGUCAUCAAACCAGACCUGUUUCUCUCACUCGAAGAAUUCAAAGAGAGAAUGGAUUAUCUCUAUCAACGGGUGGUGGAGUCGGAAAAGCGUCCCGAUGUGGAUCGUAUCUACUUCCCGGGUGAAAUCGAACAGAUCACUCAGGAGAAGCGUGAAAUUGAUGGCAUCCCAUAUACCCAGUCGGAGAUCACCAGUCUUAACGAGGAAGCUAGAAACGUCGGUGCUCGACCACUGACAAUAGAUGCAUAA